AUGGUAUCACAAAGAGGAUUCGGAACCCUUAUUGAUAUCGACUCACGUAUUACCGACCCUCCGGCCGCUCUCAAAAAGGAUUCUCAUGCUCUUCCUGACUUGCCAACCGCGUACGAACUGGACGAGCUGAACAGGACCCCUCGUGAUAAUGGUCCUCCGCUACCACUUACACCUUCGGGUGGUCAGACUCCAAGAAGUCUCCAUGAAUUGGAGAUGUCCCGCCCACCUACACCGGAAUAUCACGAUGCCGCCGAAGUCGUGCAAACGUGGACGAACCCGCCAAUCAACAAGUGGCGACUCUUGAGUGCUUGUCUGAUGAAUUUCGGCAACGGUCUGAACGACGCAGCCCCUGGCGCUCUCAUUCCCUACAUGGAAAAGGACUACAAGAUCGGCUAUGCGAUUGUCUCGCUCAUUUUCGUCACGAACGCCGUUGGCUUCAUCGCAGCUGCUCCUGUCAACCAACUCCUGCAGGCUCGUUUGGGCCGGGCCAAGACCCUUGUUCUAGCCGAGUCCAUCAUGGCCGCAGCCUACAUCAUGCUGGUCUGCAGGCCUCCCUUUCCCGUCGUCGUCGUCUCUUUCCUGUUCCUGGGCCUAGGCAUAGCCACAAAUCUGGCUCCGAACAACGUCUUCUCAGCCAACCUCGCCAACGCGACGACCGCGCUGGGCUGCUUGCAUGGGUCCUACGGCAUCGGUGCAACAAUCGGUCCACUGAUGGCGACGGCGUUGGUCACUCACAACCAUCCCUGGUCCACCUUCUACUUCAUCUCCCUAUCCAUCACCAUCUUCAACCUCCUCCUCGCCUUCUUCUCCUUCCGCAACUACGAAAAGGACACCCCGCCCCUCAACCCCCUGCGCCCCACCCCCUCGAACCCCCACCCCGCGCCCCCCUCCCGCUCCACCCUCCUCAAAGCCGCCCUCACGCACAAAACCACCGUCCUGGGCGCCCUCUUCAUCUUCUGCUACCAGGGCGCCGAGGUCAGCAUCUCGGGCUGGGUCAUCUCCUUCCUCAUCUCCUACCGGCACUCCUCCCCCGCCCGCGUCGGCUACGUCACCGCCGGCUUCUGGGCCGGCGUCACCCUCGGCCGCUUCCUGCUCUCGCACCCCGCCCACCGCGUCGGCGAGAAGCGCGCCGUCGUCGCCCUGGUCCUCGGCGCCGCCGCCUUCCAGCUGCUCGUCUGGCUCGUGCCCAACGCCGUCGGCGACGCCGUCGCCGUGUCCGUCGUCGGCCUCCUGCUCGGGCCCGUCUACCCCGCCGCCACGGCCGUGUUCGCGUCGUUGAUCCCGAAGCGGCUGCAGAUGAGCGGGUUGGCGGCCGUGUCGGCGCUGGGCAGUUCCGGCGGCGCGGUGGCGCCGUUGGUGACGGGGGUUUUGGCCCAGGAGGUCGGGACGUGGGUCUUGCAUCCGAUUUGUAUCGGGUUGUUCGCGGGGAUGCUGGGGUGUUGGGUGGGAUUGCCGAGGAUUGUAAAGAGGGAGUGA